AUGUCCACCCUUGCCUAUGCACCCUCCAUCAUCCUCGAACGGGACCUCCUCCUCUCGAAUACUCAAUCAAGGCAGAGUACUCGUAUCGUACGCGUACGGGAAUGUGCCGCUGAGUCGAGGCCGAAGAACGUGGCGGCGAUACCCCCAAUGGGUGCAAGGACAGGGAAAAGCUGCAUCCUCGGCACCUUGAAGGACGAAGGUUAUGUUGAAGGGCAACACAAGAUGAAGGAGAGUGACCGCAAAAUUUAA